GGCAUUUUCACCCAACAUGAAAUAUGUGGUUUCUGUUGGUUUUCAACAUGAUAUGCUUGUCAAUAUAUGGAAUUGGAGGGUAAUUAUCUUAUAUAACCAUGGCCGGAUUUUGAGGGGAGGUGCGCACUUCCCCUGAGAUCGUUUUCCACCUCCCCUGAGAAUCUUUGCACCUGCCCUGAAAAGUCAUGCACCUCCCCUUGGGAAAGUUUCAAUGAUAGAUCAGAGUGAAAAUUUUGGUUGUUUAGGGUUGCAAUGGACAUUUUUAAACAUUUUUUGGUUGCUUAGGGUCGACACUUCGUAAGAACUUUUUCGGUGAAAUUGAAACAGUAAUAGCCAUUCAUCUCUGUGUCAAGUAUUCUUUUAAUGCAAUGUUUUGAAGGAAACUUUGCAAUAAUUGUAAUGAAGGGCAAAAUUGGAUGAGUUGUACACUCAUAAUUCAUUAAACUGAUACAUAUGUACGCUACAUGCAUACGUCACGUCGUUGACUUUCGCCCGUUCUAUAAGCCCUAACUUUCCAUGGGGGUCGUGAGCUAGACCGCUGCACCUCCCCUAAUUUUUUUUUCUCCACCAAAAUCUGGCCUUGCUUAUAACCACGCCUACAGAUAUCAAAGAGACUAUGCAUUGUCAAGCGUUUAAUGUAUUGGGGAUGUGUUCAUUUUAUAGAGGUCAUUACGACGACUUAAGAUCUCUUGUGCAAAAUGUGUAAAAUCUUUGUUGUAGUAGUGUAGACUGAGGUUUCUGUAUAGAGGAGAGGUUAGAUUGUAUCAACUUGCAAGUACUUUUUUCAAAAUUUUUAGGAAGGGACUACCAUUGCUUGCAACAAAGUGUCUUCAAAGGUAACUUAUUGUCGAUUUCAAGUCACUUUUCAACGCGCGGGUCCCAAGACAAGUUCGUUGCAAACUUGCCAAUUGACCACUUGCGUAAUAGACUAAAUUUUGAUCUCAACAAAAAUGUCAUCACAGCUUAGUGAAAGAGCAUCACAAAAUUAGUAAUAUUCCAAAGUUUCGUUGCGAAAUGUUGUAAAAUGCGGAUAAUAUAGCCUUGCGAAGUUUGCAAUUUUCAGUCGUUUUAGAUUACAAACGGGAAAUUGACAGCCCCAAACCCUUUGAGGCUGUCAAUUUCCCGUUUGUAAUCUAAAAUGACUGAAAAUUGCAAACUUCGCAAGGCUAUAUUUUCCGCAUUUUACAGUAUUUCGCAACGAAACUUUGCGUUAUUAAUAAUUUUGUGAUGCUCUUUCAAGCUGUGAUGAAAAUUUUGUCUUGACUUGUUUAGAUCAAAAUUUACUCUAUUACGCAAAUGGUCAAUUACGUUUCCAAGUUCGAAAAUUGGGCGCGAACUUCGCAACAAAGUUCGCAAGUACAUUUCAAUGUUUGAACUAUUGUAAACAAAUGUUCAUAGUUCAAGUUGAAAUUAACAAUUCAAUGGAAAGUUCUUGGUCCAGUUGUGUACCAAGAAGGUUUGUAUUUCAUUGAAUUGGUUAUUAUUAUUGCGUAUGAACAUAUUUUUUUACAAACGAAGUUCAAACAUUGAAAUGAACUUGCGAACUUUGUUGCGACGUUCGCGCCCAAUUUCCGAACUGGGAAAAGCAAUUGGCAAGUUCGCAACGAAGUUGGGACCCGCGCGUUGAAAAGUGACUUGAAAAUCGACAAUAAUGCUUUAGUAUUUUAAUAUGUUUUGAGUGGGGGCUCUUCGUCAGAGCUUAAUCAGAGCUUAUUUUUCAGGUGCAUGCAAUUUCAUUUUCCGAGAAAGGAGACUAUUUUGUUACAGUUGGUGUGAGGCUAGUGAAGUUCUGGUAUAUUGGCUCCACUGACAAUGCAAACAAGGUAUGCCACAGUCUUGAAAAAGAAAGAAAAGUUAGAAGUAAACAGAUUUAUAUACGUCUGGUUAAACUUGAACCCAGAAAACAAUCGUCUUUGUACAGUAUUAUUGUGGCAAACAAUGGAUCUGAUACGAAGUAUAUCUGUGUAGUUUUAGAAGGCCUUACUAGUAUCCACAUAAAACAAUUGUUUUAUUUGAAGUGUGUCUAGACGAAUAAUCCAUCUGACAUAAACACGAUAUUAUCUUUUUUUUUAAUUAAAACUAUAUUUACCCACGCUGGAGCAAAUGCACUAUUAAAUUAGACAAUUGGGUUAAUUAGACAAUUUGGUUAAUUAGACAAUUAGGUUAAUUAGACAAUUAGGUUAAUUAGACAAUUUGGUUAAUUAGACAAUUAGGUUAUUUAGACGAUUAGGUUAAUUAGACAAUUAGGUUAAUUAGACAAUUAGGUUAAUUAGACAAUUAGGUUAAUUAGACAAUUAGGUUAAUUAGACAAUUAGGUUAAUUAGACAAUUAGGUUAAUUAGACAAUUAGGUUAAUUAGACGAUUAGGUCUAUUAGCAUAGGAAAUUAAAGCGUUAAAUAUAUUUAAUGAUGAAGAAUUUCUUAGCUCGCGCGGUAAGCUAUUCCGGAGUUUCGCUCCGUUCCAGGUUUUGGGAAAAAGAACUCAAGGUCUGAGUUGCCUAAGUUAUAGUUGUUUUGAGGGAUAAAUGGGUUUUCAAAUGCUUUGGUCAGAAUAGCUGCAGCUUGCGCAUGAACAAUUUUAUACAUGAGUCUGGCUUUCAUAACAAGUCUACGCGUUGCUUCGGCGUUUUCCAUUGAAGAUCGUUUAAGGCUGAGUUUUUGAAUUUUUGAAUGAAUUUUAAUAAUUUGCCACAAAUAAUUACAAAAAAACCAACAAUUUUUACAAAAGUAAUAUUAGAAAAGACAAAAAGAAAUGAAAGACACCUCAUGCCAAAUAUUAAUGAAUAUGUUACCUAAAUAUAUAUAAGGUAGAAUAGUGAGCAGUCAUACAACAAGGAAACUAAAUAUAAUACGAAGACACACACGUAAUAUCAAAAGGAAGAUACUUAGAUCCACACACCUAGAUGUAAGUUAGAUACUAUUUAGUUAAAUCAUCAGACAAAUUAUCGAAAAUUAAAUGCUUUUUAAGUUUCAAUUGGAAAGAAUAGACAAGACUUAGCGUUCCGUAUAUUCUGGUCCAAGGAGUUAAAAAAUACUGGACUUUGAUAGUAGACAGAAAAUUGUCGUGAUUUUGUUCUACAGAAUAAUGGUAUACUAACUAGAUUCGAACUUCUGGUAUUAUAGCUAUGUACCUCGCUAUUGACCAAAAACAAAUUCUUAAAGCUAGGAGGAAGAGAAUUUUUAGAAGCAUGUGUGCACUUAAAAGAGGUGUCUGCUUAAUUUAUAUGGAUUUGCAACUUUGCAAUAGACCCAUUAAACUGACGUCACAAAUCUUUAGAGUGUCCUCCAGAUGCUCCCUAACAACUCCUAUUUCGGGUACAACAACCACAUACAUCGCAAAAAUGAACCAUUUUAAUACAAAAUUAUUCUAAAGUUUUACAAAAUUUGCUUUGUUUACAAAAGUUAUAUUAUGCAUAGAUUGCUAAUUUGUCCUCCAGAUGCAUCGUCACCGGCGCUGAGACGUCAUGUCCAAUGGGUCUAUAGCGAAUACAGCAGGAGGCAACGCCCGACUAAUUUAGGAACAGUAGUAAUGUGUCAACAGCGGGGCUGGUUUUGGUGUGGAACUUCCCAGCGAGUUCAAGAUUCGAGAAGACAGUUUUUCUUUCGAUUGCUUGAACGACAGAUUAAUGAAAAGUUAGUUUUAGGAGAUUAGUUCAAGUUAUUAGCGUUUAUACCACGUAGAAAUACUGCAAAACAUUAAUAACAAAUAUGCGUCUAGUGAAUUUUCUUCAAAUUGGUUUUUACUGUUGAUUGUUAAAAUUUAAAGUCUUUGGGGCAGGAACCAUGUGUGCGUUAAGGGUUAGACUGCAUUUCAAUGAAAGGCCUAUUUCCAUUCAAGAAUAAUUUCCACGGACAGAAACGUUUCCGAUAAUAUCAUUGUUAAAAGUUGAAAAUUUUCACCCCCAAAGUUUUUCUUUCUGCGGAAAAUUUUCCUGAGUGGAAAUGGAUCUUUAUUCUUAAUUUAUUUCUGUUAGGUGAAGAAAAAGAUCCCACUACAGGGCAGGCCUGCCAUAUUAGGAGAGAAACGAGAUAAUCAGUUUAUCGAUGUAGCUUGUGGUGUUGGGGUGAACUCGACGCUGACUUACAGUGUGACCAAGUCAGGGUUAUUGUGCUCGUUUAAUCAGAAACGUUUGCUGGAGAAAUGGGUGGAAUUGAGAGUGAACGGUGCUUUCAGUUUAACAGUGAAUGAACAGUUGAUAUUUUGUGGUUGUUCUGAUGGAAUUAUUAGGUAAGAUAUCUCAAAUGUGGUG